AUGUUGCGUCCCUACGGCAUUCAUAUCACUUCUGCGUACGACCUCCAAAAGAUACUCCCGAACCCCACCAACGAGCCCACUCCAAGUCUAUAUGAUUUGGCAAACUAUACCAUUGGAACAAACCUUGAGAAGAAGAAGAAGAAGUACAAGAAGAUGGACGUCGCCGCGCAAGAAAAAGAAGAUGAGCUUAUUCUUGGAUGGGCCAAUUUUCCAUUGAGCUACGACCAAGUGCACUAUGUUGCUCUAGACGCUCGCCUGGGCUUCGAGAUUGCUAGGAGGCAUUGGAUGCUAGGUGGCUACAAUAGUCAUGUUGAUCAUCUAUAUAUUUAG